UUUCGCCACAGUUGUCAUUUCUAAGCUAUUUGCAAGAUGAUGCUUACAAUUCACGGGUUACCUUCAUCGGUAAAAUAUCACAAUUUGAAGGUGUUAAUUAAGCAAGAAUGUAACAUUACGGACUUUAUUUUGGACAAUUUGGUCGCGGAAAAUGGCGGCACGAAGAAAGUUCGUAUUGGCGUGUCAGACGACAGGGAAGGCGGAUAUUUGAUAAAGUGCUUGGAUGGUUUCCGGUUCUCCGGGAAUGUACUGAGAGUUCUGCCUGUUGGAAAACCACUGUUAAAUUCGCCACAAAACUUUGAUCAAAGGGGUGGAGCUGCAUAUCCUGUUAGAAAUGAUUUUCCAAACCAACCACAAAAUUAUGGCAAUCGUCCCAUGGAUUCCAUGACAAGACCCAAUCCUAUGGGAAGACCAGACACUAUCGGUAGACCUGAAUCCCUGCAUAGUAGACCUGACCCCAUGUCUAGCAGACCAGAUACAAUGCAUAAUAGACAAGAGCCAUUGUCUGGCCAUAGACCAGACCAAAUGUCUGGGAGAUCAGAUACAAUGUCAUCAAGACCAGAUACAAUGUCUGGCAGACCAGAUACAUUGUCUGGCAGACCAGAUACAAUGCAUGGUAGACAGGAUGCAAUGUCUGGCAGGCCUGACCCAAUGCAUAACAGGAGUAGUACAAUACCUGGACGACCCGAUCCAAUCCACGAAAGGUCCGCUCCAAUACAUGGAAGAUCUGAUCCUAUGCAUGGUAGACCAGAUACAUUACAUGGCAGACCUGAUGCAAUGCACGGACGACUAGACACAAUACAUAGUAGAGCAGAAUCAACGCAUACUAGACCAGAUUCAAUGCAUACUAGACCAGAUUCAAUGCAUGGUAGAUCAGAAUCACUUCUUGGAAGGCCUGAUGGAAGACCAGAUCCAAUGACAGCUAGACCUGAUCCUUGGGGCACUACUGGUAGCCAGUGGGGAUCAAAUCAGGGGCAAACUCAACCACACGUGCAGAAUAAUUUCAAUUACCAACAAAAACCUCAAAUCAAUUCAUAUGGACAACAGGCGCCAACAAGUAGACAAGAGACGAGAUUUGAUCAUCAAGACCAAUACUCUGGCAGAUCCGGUGGACCUCCACAAGAUCAAAGCUACGGGUUCCCACCAAAAAACGAUGUUAAUGACCCUGCGGCACGCCGCAACCUGCGCAGUGUAGAGAUCGUAGAUGAGCCACUGAACAGGCCAAUCGUGAAUCCAAGAUACCCUAAUCAAGGAUACGAUGGACAGAAACCGAUAACAAUAAUGAAAGAUAACUUCCAAGGUCCUCAAUACAACCUGGAUCGUCAGUCGUUAUCUAGUCAGACCUCGUACCCAGCUCAGAGUGCACCGGGACAUCCGGGUCCAGCCCACGGCCAGCCCACGCCAUGGUCGCAACCUGCAAAACCGAGUCCAACAUACGACAGAAAGUAUGCAGAACCUGACAAGCGAACUAUUUCCAAGAACAUCCCUGAAACACCUAGAAGUCACGAAGUUUACAAAGACUAUGACAAAGGCCCGAGAUUUUCGCCACGACGUGAUUCACCAGGAAGACGCGUUUCACCUGGAAGACGCGUUUCACCUGGAAGACGGGUUUCUCCUGGAAGACGGGUUUCCCCUGGAAGAAAACCUUCGCCUGGACGGAGAGGUUCACCAGGCGACAGACGUUUGCCUCGUCGCGAAUCGCCCCCCCGCCGCGUAGCCUCCCCGCCGGGUAAGCGCUCGCCAAGGAGAAGGUCCCCCGGCAGACGUGAUUCGCCCGGUAGAGGCAUCAGGUACUCGCCUUCGCGUCGUCAAGAUAAACCAAUAGAGAAAUACCCGGAGCGCCCCGGCGGUAAAGACGUGAGGCCUGCCUACGAACCAUCGCAGGCGUCAAACCAAGCUAUGUACUCAGGAAGCUAUCGACCCAGCAUCCAUGAAAACGUCCAAUACCCCAUCCUUGGUCUCCGCCAACAGAACACGCAUAAUUCUCCAUGGCAGCAAGAAAGGGACAAAGGUAUGCUGGGUGCGAUGAAGAAGGACGAAGACAGGAGAGAGCCAUCAAGAAUGCCGAAGUUUGAACCACGCAAUGAGUCUAAUCUAGGCCCGAAAAGAUCAGGCUCUCCAAGAAAAUCUCGCUCACCCGUACGGCGCGACCGAUCUCCGCACGAUCGUUACCGAAAACAUUCUGGAUCGCCUUCGUCGAGAUCUCCGCGUCGCUCGUGGGCUCUUGAAAAACGUCGUAGUCCUGAUGAUCGCGAAGCACCACCUCCUCCAAUCUGGCCUGGGCAGCAGGCUCCACGUGACGACAAUCCAUACAGACAAAGCCGCCCAAACUUCCCUACUGAUAAAAUUAAGCAGACGCCAGUAUGGGAGCCGCGAUUUGAUGACAAGAAUGACAGGCGAGAUAGAAGACCAGAAAUUCAAGAGCGAAGAUUCGAUGACAUCAGAGUUCGCACCGAUCUGGGAGAAAGAACUAUGCUUCCAGCGGGUCAUAGUGAACCGUCUCCACGUGGCCGCGAUAUAAAGCCCGAAGACAGGUUCCCACCGAGAGAUCCUAAAUUUGAACAAAGGGAACCAAAGUUUGAACCUCGACGUGAACCAAAAUUUGAACCUCGUGAAGAGUUCUCCAGAGGUGAUGAUUUCCGUAGGCAAAAUGUAGAGAAGCGGUACGACAGAUCGGACUUUAGAGAUGAGCCCCAAAGACCAAGUGACGACUAUCGCCCUAAAGAUAAUCGCCCUCGUAAUUUAGAGCCCAGAAGAGAGGAAAUUCUGCGUCGUGAGGAGUAUCCAAGACGUGAUGAAGCAAGACCGUUGACUAAAGCCCAGGAGACUUUCCAAAAAGAAUUUGAUGACAUCUACAAAAGAGCUCAGGAAUUCCGAGAGAAGACUGAGGAAAUGCGACGUAAGGAGGAACAACAUAUCCGCGAGCGCCGCGAAGUCGAACGUCAUGAAUCUAGAGAUGACAGAAGACAUAGGGAAGACGAUCGCCGUGGCGACAUUCGCCACGAAUCCCGCUUUGAUGACCGUCAGCUACGGCGACCUAUCGAACCUUUCGGGAAACGUGAGAUAGACUGGAAAGUAGAGGAAGAAAAGAGAAAUGCAGCAAUGAUGGCCAUGAAGGCAAAGAAAGACAAAGCGAUUGAGGAAAUCGCUGAGAAGAUGAUGCAUAAAUUCGGGUGUGAUUGGAACACAGACAUAAGGAGACGUGUAAUGGAGGAAUUAAGGCUAUCCCUUGGCAAAAUUCUGAAAGAUAUGUUUGGAAUUACUGAUGUAUCGUUUAUUGAAAUGGUGGUGAAGUUCAACGCGAAAUUCGACACGAAGAGCCAAGCCAAGAUAUUCGAUGAUGUGAUGUCCAGCUUUCCCAGUCAUUAUAGAACGAUGAAACGGCUUGCCGAAGAACCAGGCCGCGCAGAUAUUGCUUCGAAAAACGCUAGGCGUACUCCCGACGUGAAUCGAGAUGUAGUUAUCACUGAACCUCAAAUGGUUUCUGAUUGGAUGAGCCUGCAGCAAAAUUUACAGCAAAAUUUGCAGUUAAUGAUGCCCCAAUUUGAUAUGGUUCAGACAGUGAUGCCACAAGUGCCCGUAAUGAUGCAGACAAUACCCCCUAUGAUGGUCCCUGCGCCUGCUUACAUGUCGACCUUUGAAGAAGUCGCUGAACAGCAACCCGUUCCGGACAUGUCAGGAUAUGAUAAUACUAUCCCUAAUGAAGGUUUCAACCUUUACCUGUGUAAAGACGAUUUCGAACCUUACACAGACAUUCAGGCUGAAUAUCUAAAGAAAUUCUUAGUGUCACAAAUUGUUAAAGCUUCCGCAACGGGUUGGUCGCCAGACUUCACUAUCAAAGGCCUCCAAAGCAUGUACAGAUACGAGCUGGCAACUAUAGAUGAGAACACGAGAAACUGGAUUGUGAAUUUGGACUUUAACGAAUUCAAAUUAUUCAACGUUUUGGUGUACACGAAGGAGGAGUUAUGGUACGAACGAGCUGCUAUUUGGUUACCAGGUCAUUCCAAGUGCCGCAACAUAGAGCCGUUAGCGAAAUUGAAAUUACAGAACAAGAAAUUAGAUGGGGUCAACAUAGAUAAGUGGAAGUUCGUGAAGAAGAUUAUCACUCCGAAAGGUAUAAGAGUGUACGUGGACAUGCCACCCUCGUCGGCUAGGUCACUUGAAAAACACAAUAUGCAGUUAAGCUACGAACUGCAAAAGGUAAAUGUCUUCCUAAAAGCUGUAGCUGUCGAUAAAGAUGUCUUUGAUGCUGGAAUGAGAGUUGUUUCCGUUCGCGAUCAGUCAGAAAUAAUACAAGCCGCACAAAACGCUCCAAUGCCUUCUCUUAUGCACGAAAAAUACAUGGUUAAAAUAGGACUGAAAGGUAACAAGGCAUUGUCUGUAGAUCAAGCGCGAAAAGUUAAAGACAUGCUCAUCUACCAUAUAUUUAAGUACCACCAAGAGCACGGUAACAGUAGAACUGAUUUUACUAAGUAUGGCUUUUGUCGUCCUGGGUACUUUGGCGUUGUUCCAGAAAACAAUGAAUCUAAGCGAUGGUUGACUUCGGUAAAUAUUGGUAAGAUUAACAAACAUCAAAUCGUCGUACUUUCGUCUGAUGAGAACAAAUCUAAGUUCAUAACAAUGUUUGUUAGUGUUAAAAACGACGGUUCCCUCAGCACUGCUCUAUCUCUAAUAUUGGAACGCUUAAAACAAAGCAAUCAAGGUGUUAGAGGUUUGAAUUUCAACUUGUGGAAGCCUAUUAAGGUUUCACCGGUUCGCGAUAACAGAUCAAAAUGUGUCCUCGAAGUUAAGAUGGAUAUUGAAUCUAUCGAGACUAUAAUAAGGUUGAAAUACAAACUUGAUUAUGUAGAUGAAAGACACAAUCAAGUGGGCAACUACGUUGCUCAUGUAACUUCUGAGUAUCCUCCUAGUGAAUUGGAAGAAAAGAUAGAGAAGUUUAAAGAGGAAUUGAAUGAUACUUACGAUGUAGCUAAUAUGGAGAUUGCAUCAUCGGAUGACGAUGAAGAUAUUGUAUUUAUGGGCGAAGUUCGAUAGAAGGGUUAUUGGGUCACUUAUGUUUCAGUAUUAAAAAUAAUUAAACAAAAACGUUACAUUUGUUUCCAAUAUUGUUUAAAUCAAUUGAUGUUGACGGGAGAUAAUGACACUGAUAUGUCUAAAUGAAUGAAGCUGCAGCCAUUAUGGCGCCAUCAUUUCUAUUUUUAAUGUUGUACUUUCUUUAACUUUGUUACGUAAAUGUCAGAAACUUCUAGCAAUUUUUCAAAAAUAAGGCAGUAUCUCCUAUAGUUCUUGUUAUUUGCGUACAAAUGAUGACCCGAAAUGAAUUGUUGUGGUUUAGUAUUUUUGAUUGGCGACGCAUGAAAUACCUUAGUAGGUUAGAGCUAUUUGCCUGUAUUUUAAUAAUGCAUUUACAAUUGAGUUCGUAGUUGUAACGGUUGAACGUCACUUGGUUUCUUUAUUUUAAGCGAGUAAACUGUUCUU